UCAACCAGCACCUCCAUAUUAACGCGGUUUGGGGUUGGCGGCGAUGGCACUCACAGUUGAAUAGCCUACUGAAGCUCGGGAAUAAAGACUUGAGAAGUUAUACAGGAGGGAAAAGGCAACUGUUUUCCGUAUAGGAAAUCACCUUAAAAACAGAGAAUGAAAACGGAAAUCGUAAUGUCACGAAAUGCUAAUUCUGUGGUUUUAAUCAGUCUCAAGAUCAUUUGAAUUUCUGCAACAUUUCAUCUACUCUCACUUUUAAAAACAUUGGAGGUGCUGGAUAGAUGAAAUCCUUCAACUGAUGAUUAGAUUUUACUUAAUUUGCCCAGCGAGGUUAAAAUGAACGGUGAAAGUUUACAAUUUCUCAAAGGGUGAUGUUGACGAGAUUGAAGAAUUAUCUUUUGAUACCACAAGUGGCGGAGUAAGAGUUAACCUUCCCAGGAGAAGACUGUGUGCGUGUCAGAGACAGAGGGAGAGAAAUCUCCAGCCCUGGUAAAUCGGCUUAAAAGCCAGAAAUAGUGAACCGUUGCUAUACGGGAUCCGGAGCAAGGAUUUAAACACAUCUACAGUGUUGAAAAUCGAGUCAGAGAGGGUAAGGGCUGAGUGGGAGAGGUUUCAUCAAAAUCCCUGUAUCAGUGCUACCCCCGUCGAGCUGGGCAAACGGAAUAGAAUUCUCAUCUUGGGCAUCCCAACGAAGUGUAUUGGAACCAAAUUAUUAAUAUUUUUAAAGAAAAAGAAAAACAAUCUCUGAAACUCUGUCAACUUGGCUGGAUCUGAAUGUUUGAGUCAGGAUAAAUUUUGGGGUCAGUGUGUCGGUGUUGGCUCGCUGGAUAAUGAGGAUCACCCGGCGCUGUUUGCUGGAUGGAGCUCGUCACCCGGCGCCUUCUGAAGCCUGACUUUGAAAGUGACCAAAAAUGAACAGGAAAAACCUCUACCAGCGCCUUUUCCUCCUGUUCUAUCUGGCGGACCUUGCUCUCGGAUAUUUGACGGUGAACAUUGAACCAAUCUCCCCUGUAGUAGCAGGCGAUGCUGUCACUUUAAAAUGUAACUUCAAAACAGACGGGAGGCUGCGGGAGAUUGUGUGGUACAAGGUGACAGAUGGAGGAACUAUCAAACAGAAAAUAUUCACAUAUGAUGCCCUGUUCUCUACAAAUUACACUCAUAUUGAUGAAUAUCAGAAGAGGGAAGACUUGGUCUACCAGUCCACUGUGCGUAUCCCUGAAGUCCGGAUUUUGGAUAAUGGACCUUUUGAGUGUCACGUUGGCAUCUAUGAUAGAACAAACCGCAAGAAGUUUCUGGAAGCAUAUGGCCGUGCCUUUCUCAAUGUUAUGGCACCCCCUUCAUCAAUCUCUGUCAUCGCAGCAGAUACACCAGCCCCUUUCAGUCGGUACGAGGCACAGAAUUUCACAUUGGUUUGCAUCGUGUCCGGAGGAAAGCCAGCCCCCACGGUGUACUUCAAGCGAGAUGGUGAACUGGUUGAAGUUCUCCAUGUGUCCCAGACAUCGCCUGAGACAAAUGUGAAAAAGGGUCGUAUGCCUCAGAGUCUAAUCAGUCGGGAUAUGGAUGACACUAAGCUACAGAAGUCAUUGUCCUUGCUGGAUUUUGAAAGCAGGGGAAGACUUUUUACUGAGAGGCCCUCCUCAAGCAUCACUGAUAGCAUUGUUUCAGCAACAACCGAAGCAGAAAGAAUUCCAGAGACGGUCAUCAGCCGAGAGUUCCCGAGAUGGAUAUUUCCCAGCGAUCCAGCGUAUCUGUUCCGACAUACACAGAUACCCGUCAGUGAUGGGACAGUUGAAGUACGUGCCAUGAUCACCUGGACAUUGAACCCUGACCUGGACGAUAAUGCUCUGUUCAGCUGUGAGGUGAAGCACCCAGCUCUGACAAUGCCAAUGCAAUCUGAGGUGAUACUGGCUGCUCCCCGGGGUCCACGGAUUGAUGUGAGUCCAAAGCGGGUCCAGGUCGGUGACACGGUUAAGAUCAGUGUUGUGGGAUUUCAGAAUGAAGUUUUCCCAGAACCUCUCUUCACAUGGACCAGAGUUGGAGGGCGCCUGUUGGAUGGAAGUACUGAGCAGGAUGGUAAAGAGCUGGUGUUGGAGAGAGUACCCGCUGAGCUGAAUGGGUCAAUGUACCGUUGUACCAGCCAAAACCCCUUGGGGUCAACAGACACUCAUGCUAGGCUCAUCAUUUUUGAAAAUCCAAACAUUCCGAAAGGCACUGAUGAUAAAAACGGUGCAUCUUUGUGCAACAACAGUGCCAGACUAACCUUAGCGAUGAUUCUAGCAGUUACAUUGGAUUUGACGUGAAGGACCACCGAGGAUUUGAGAGGAAAGUUAUCCAUCCUGCAGUUGCGUAUGAUAAGAUAUUUUUAUUUUAAUGUCCUUUUUUUCAAAUUCUGAAUGUUCCAUUUUCUGUAGGGUUUUCUCACUUGAAAAAUGUGCCAUUGCUUCAUGUAUUUCUGAAUAAAGCUUUGUCUGUUUA